ACAAAAAAAUCCAUGAAUUCAAAUAGUUGAGGCGCGGUAGUUUAACUUGUGGUUCACUGCGUACGCGCACGUACCAAGUUAAUUUCUAAUAACAUGACGGCAGUUAUUGGACAUAAUAUAAAUAAUAUUUGUGCGUAGUAAUAAAUUAUAAAUUCAGUAUAAAAUUUGCAAGGCAUACAUCAAAAGGUUGGUAAUUAAAGGAGAUAUGGCUUCUCGGGCCAUUCGCGCCCUCACCCUUUUGUCCUUACUGGUAGUAACGAUAAAUGCGCUAACAUUAAAUGAAGAUGCAACGAACGACGCCAUAGCUGCAGCAUCAGCAGGCGAAGAUAGAGAAGUGGCAAUUCUCCUUCAAGGACCUCACGAUAGGACAGCGAGAAGAGAGGAACUGUUGCACGGCAAGACUACAGAAGAGAGCGCUUUCUCACUUUUCUAUAACAGCAAGAGUAAUAAAGUAUCUCUGGAAAGUCUGCACAGAGGUCACCUCAAGUCAGUAUCGUGGGGCUUAGGAUCACAUCCAAGGGAUACCCUACUUCUUAUUGUGACUCACGAGAAGGUCAAACUGUACGUAGGAUGUCAACCUUUACAUUGGCACCCAAUGUCCGGUAGAAACGAUAUUUUGAGUUUGCUGGCGAAUAAAAAAUUUAAAUUGUACCACGAGGAAAAUGCUCCUGUAGAUAUACAUGGGAGUGAGAAAGCGGCUCUUUCCUCCCUUAACUGUGACCAAGUCAGUCCUCCUACUCUUGUAACAGUAGACUCAGAUGUAGAAGAAGUCAAAGACUUUAUUGCCAGAGAAGAGAGACUUAAAAGGGAAGAAAUGCAAGGAGAUGAUUAUAGAACGAAUUAUAUAGAUCCAAAUAUUUUGCCGACGGCUCAGCCCACAGUUCCACCAAGAGGAGACAUACCUAAUAUGGAUAUUGAGUCAUGUGAUGAUGAAGUGAUCCGUCAACUGAAGUUAUUAAGGGAGACGAUUGAGUUACUGCGACGAGAACUAGGAGACCAGAAGGUGACGAUGGACAAUCUCCGAAACCAAAUAAGGAUUUGCUGCAGUCGGUCCUCGCCUCCUACCCAGAGAUGUUCUGGCUCUUCAUGUUACCCUGGUGUUCAAUGUCGGAAUACUGCAAACGGAGUCGAAUGUGGUUCGUGUCCCUCAGGCAUGGAAGGAGAUGGCAGGAGAUGUAGGCCGCUAACCUGUGAUAGACGACCAUGCUCACAAACGGAGUUCUGCGUCGAUUCGGAAAAAGGCUUCCGUUGUGAGCGGUGUCCAGGAAGACAAACAAGUGAUGGACAGACCUGCCGGACCCCUUGUAGUUCCAACCCUUGCUUCGGAGGGCGUGUCCAGUGCCAAGAUAUACCUGAUGGAGGAUACCGAUGUGGAUCCUGUCCUGCAGGAUUCACAGGAAAUGGGGAACAGUGUGUCAUGAUCACUUGUAGACAGAUAUCGUGUUUCCAAGGUGUGGAAUGCCAAGAGACAGCGUCUGGUCCCAGAUGUGGUUCCUGUCCUGGUGGUUAUAUGGGUGAUGGUCAAAGGUGCCAACACGUCUGUGACUCAAGGAACCCUUGUGGGGAACGACGAUGUAUACCAACGCCUUCUACGCCAUUUUAUGAAUGUGAAGGGUGCCCAAAGGGGUAUGAAUGGAAUGGGGACAGGUGCCAACAUAUAUGUGAUACUAGGCGACCUUGUGGUGAAAGGCGCUGUAUUCCCACAUCUUCUAACGCUUUCUAUGAAUGCGAGGGUUGUCCUCAGGGAUAUGAAUGGAAUGGCGACAGUCAAAGAUGUCAAAGCAUUUGCGACUUCAGGCGUCCGUGCGGAGAAAGGAGAUGUACUCCUAAGACGUCGAAUCCUUUCUACGAGUGUGAGGGAUGUCCGCUGGGAUAUGAGUGGAAUGGUUAUGCUUGCAUAGACAUGGAUGAGUGUGAUCUCAUUCGACCAUGUGACGAGAUGGUCUCAUGCAGCAAUGUCGACGGCGGCUUCAUUUGUGGAUCCUGUCCUCCAGGGUUCGAAGGUAGUUCUGGAUGGAGAGGAUCUGGAGAUGAUAGGAGGAGGGAGCAUUGUGUGGAUAUUGAUGAGUGUGCUGAUGGAAGGGAGCCGUGUCCGAAAGGGCGCCUUUGUGUUAAUACUCUGGGUUCAUUUACGUGUGUGCCAUGCGGCGGUCACUUCUACGUGAACACCUCGCGACCGUGCAUCGACGUUGGAGAUUUGGUACAACGCUGUGACCCGGCUAGGUGUCGUCGGUUCAACGCAGUCUGUGGAUAUGGGCAGACCUGUGUUUGUGCGACUGGCUGGGCCGGCAACGGAACAGUAUGUGGCCCCGAUCGUGAUAUAGACGGAUAUCCGGAUCACCAGUUGCCCUGCAAUGAAAUACACUGCAAGGCUGACAAUUGCCCGGAUGUUUCCAACUCCGGACAAGAAGAUGCGGAUAAAGAUGGGCUUGGAGACUCGUGUGACCCGGAUGCUGAUGGUGAUGGAAUACCUAACAUUCCGGAUAACUGUCCUUUAACACCCAAUCCGGAUCAACAAGACCGUGAUGACGAUCGCAGCGACAAGAGAGGAGAUGCGUGUGAUAACUGUCCACGAAGAUUUAACCCGGGACAGGAAGAUGCAGACAGGGAUGGGUUGGGAGAUGUGUGUGACCCUGAUAUGGACAAUGAUGGAAUUUUGAAUGAAAAUGACAACUGCCCCAGAGUGUACAACCCACAGCAAGAAGACAUGGAUGGUGACUAUAUCGGAGAUCUUUGCGACAAUUGUCCAAGAGUGAGGAAUCCUCAACAAGACGAUGUUGAUAAAGACAAUGUCGGAGACGCGUGUGAUAGCGAUGUUGAUAGAGAUCAGGAUGGUAUCCAAGAUGGCCUGGACAAUUGUCCAAACCUGGCCAACAGUGAUCAACAGGAUGUCGACAAUGAUGGCAAGGGUGACGCAUGUGACGAUGAUAUUGAUGGAGAUGGAAUUCCUAACCUGGAAGACAAUUGUCCUUUAGUGCACAAUCCGGACCAACUCGAUAGUAACGGAGAUGGAAUUGGAAAUGCCUGCGACAAUGAUAACGAUGGUGACAAAGUUACAAAUGACUUAGAUAAUUGCCCAAACAAUUCCAAAAUAUUCCGCACUGAUUUUCGGAACUACAUGACGGUCCGCUUGGACCCUGAGGGCACGUCACAGCAGGACCCUAACUGGGAGAUAGCUAAUGAAGGCGCUGAAAUUAUUCAGACACUCAAUUCGGACCCUGGUUUAGCUGUUGGCUUCGAGAACUUCGGCGGUGUUGAUUUCGAAGGGACGUUAUUCGUUGAUUCACAGAUUGAUGACGAUUACGUUGGAUUUAUAUUUGGAUAUCAAAACAACAAACGCUUCUACGUUGUAAUGUGGAAGAAGUACACGCAGACCUAUUGGCAGACGACGCCCUUCCGAGCGGUCGCCGAACCGGGAAUACAAUUGAAGCUCGUCAAUUCAAAGACGGGACCCGGAAAAACUUUGAGGAAUGCUCUCUGGAAUACGGAAUCUACUUCGGAUCAAGUAACUCUCCUCUGGAAAGACCCGCGCAAUGUCGGUUGGCGUGAAAAGACAGCGUACAGAUGGCGAUUGCUUCACAGACCGAAAAUAGGUCUCAUACGUCUAAAAAUAUACGAAAAUAAUCGUCUCGUUGCUGAUUCUGGAAAUGUUUACGACUUUACUCUCAAAGGAGGAAGAUUGGGGGUGUUCUGUUUCUCGCAGGAGAUGAUCAUCUGGUCCAAUCUGGUUUAUAGGUGCAAUGAUAAAAUACCGUCGAAUAUAGUGUCCGAGCUACCUACGAGACUACUGAAGAAACUGGAAGUAGAUCAUGAUUUUAUUUACACGUAAUCACUGAAAUCAAGUUUUGGUACAUUUAUAAAAGUUAGUGAAAGUUAAAAAAAUAUUGUUAAGUUUAAGUCCAGAACUAAUCAACGCAUACGCUUUUAAGAUUGCAUUUUAAUGUAUAGUAUUAGCAUUAAACAAACAGAAAUAACUUACUGUAAACAGUUUCGCACUUAUUUGAAAAUUUUGAGGUGCUUUUUUAAUAUGUAUAAUAAAACAAAAAUAACGCUUUUAAGGCAGCUUUUUACCCUAAACAUUCAUUGAUAUUAUAAAUACUCGCGCCACAAAAGAUGAGAUUCGAUGCGCGAUGAAUUGCAUCAACGUUUCAGCUUGUUGACGUCCACUGUUGGACUUCUCUAAAUUUCCAGUACAACCUCAUGGCAGGCCGUCCAACGCUUCGCCGUCUGUUCUUCGGCCAGACGUUUUAGCCCCAUCGGCCAUCUGUUAUAUCCAUUAUAUUCCAUGUUUCAUUAAGCAUUUAACACUUUAGCAAAAUAGGAUUCAAAAACAUAAGGAAACUCCUUUGAAGAAAGAAUACUUGUAAAUAUUUUUGAAUAUUUGCAUUUUGUGGGUUUUGCAGUACCUUUGUACAUGGUAAAGUGUCAUAGUUCAGCGGGGUUCUUCGUGGCGCGUUUAUCGUUGAUGUAAAUAAAUUCCUUAUAUUGUGUAAUUUGUGACAGUUGAGCCUGUUUUUAACCUUACGUGUUAAUUAAACGAUAUUAAUA